AUGUCCUUUCACCACCAACCACAUGCUGAUGUCAUUACAUCUCUUUCCUACAACAUAUUCGAAACUCUUUCCAACGAUUCCAUCACCAUUAACAACAACAAUACCUAUAACAAAUACAAUGAUAGUGCUGUGUGUCAUCCUCUCCUAUUAGCUCUUGGAAAUAGGAGUGAGAAGGGAUUGUGUGAUGACAUGACCUCUUCCACAGUAAUUUCUGCCAUUGUUUUGUUUCUUCACACAAUGCUCGUUUUGGUUUCGGUUGGAGGUUUAGUUUAUAAAUUGAGAAAGUUGCAUGUUUUAAAGAAGAAACAAAAACAAGUUGUGAAUUAUUUGCAGGUUGCAAGGAAUCCAUUAUUAAUGGUAAUUGGAGCACUGAUUGGAUGGUCUUAUACGUUCAUGUUGAUGGGGAGAGUGUUAAUUGGACGAAAGGUUUAUCCAUGUUUCAUAUUUUCACUAAUCUAUUUUAUUGCUAUUCCUGCACUUUCGAAUACUAUUAUUAUGAGAUGUAUUCGAUUGUUGAUAUUGACGAAACUGAACGAAUUGAAAGUGAGGAUUGGAAGGAGACAAUAUUAUUUGCAUGCAACAACAUCAUCGGACAAUAUGAAAUCCAUGAUUGAGGAAAACACGAAUAUUUCACAAAAUCAAGUGGAAAAGGAAUUGGAAACAGUUACGUCUCUUGAUAGUUUAUCCAUUUCGAAUAGUAGUUUAGCUGGAAAUCAGAACAGUACAAAUUUGUCAGCAUUAACAGUUGGCAGAACUUCAGGUAUUCUCUCACAAUUUGUAAUUGAACCUAAGGAUAGUAAUGCAGAUGAUGAUGAAAAUAAUGUGGAAGAGGAAAUGAUUUUCAGAAAGGAAACUCUAUUAGAAUCAUUCGAAAGAGGAAAAUUACUUUCCAUCAUGAGAUUUCUCGUGAGCUCCAAAUUUGUUUUAUUGAGCUAUGUUGUGGUCAUUGGAUUUCACUUGAGCAUUUACUUUAUCAUUGCCAUUAUUGACUAUUUCAAUUAUCAAAAUGAUACUUCUGUAAAAACAAAUCAAAAGAGAAAUAGUUUUACAAUUGAUAGUUAUUUAUUUUCACCAUCUGGAUGUGGAGUUGGAGCUUACAAUCAAUAUAUAUUCAUUAGCUACUUUUGCUUUUAUGGAUUAAUUGGAAUUUUACUAUCCAUAAUUGCCUUUUUUGCAAAGAGAGACGUGUGGAAUAUUAAGAUUGAAGUUGUGAUUAUUAACUUGUUUUGGGCUGCUAUUGUUCUUGCUUUUAGUAUUCCUUCCUUAUUUACAAUUAUUACCACAUAG